AUGGCGUCGGUCAGCACGGGGAGCAGGGUGUCCUGCGGGAGGGAUUUGAAUUGUGUGCCAGAAGUAGCCGAGACAUUAACAGCGGUCGCCAAACUCGGGUUUGACUUCGUAUGCAUGCCCCUGUUCCACCCAAGGUUCAGGAGGGAAUUUGAAUUGGAGCCCGCAAAAUCACGACCCGGUGCCCAGACGCGGUCUGACCUGCUGCUGUGUGGAAGAGAUUGGAACACCCUAAUUGUUGGAAAGCAGUCUCCAUGGAUUGACACAGAUUCGGAAAUUGAAACAGUACGCAGAAGCUCUGAAGCUGCUCUGGCACAGGAGUUGCAAUUUUCAGCCUACUUGGGCCUGCCUGUUUUUAUGAUUCCCUUGAAUGGACCUCAUAAAGCCAACCUUGCGCGUGUGCUGCUUAACCACAUCCAGUCUGGACACCACACCACAAAUUUCUGGAUUCGAGUUCCACUGAUGGCACCGGAAGAUACGCGGGAAGACCUGAUUGAAAAUGAGCCAAUCACAUGUAUUGAUGAGACAACAAUAGAUGAGAAGACCUGGAACUGGUGGCAUUCAUUUCGAACCCUUUGUGAUUACAACAAGAGGGUCUGUCUCGCCAUUGAAGUUGGACCAGACAUGCCCUCAGAAACUGUGAUUGAUAAGUGGCUUGGGGAACCAAUCAAAGCAGCAAUACUUCCCACAAACAUCUUUCUUACUAAUAAGAAGGGCUUUCCUGUAUUAUCUAAAGCACAUCAACGGAUUAUUGUACGACUUUUCAAGUUGGAGGCACAAUUCAUCUUUACAGGUGCAAGCCGCCACACCGAGAAGGACUUUCGUUCAUAUCUGCAGUAUCUGGAAUACCUUAGUCAGAACAGACCAACACCUAACUCCUAUGAGCUCUUUGCUAAGGGUUAUGAAGACUACCUACAGUCUCCCCUACAGCCACUUAUGGAUAACCUGGAAUCCCAGACAUAUGAAGUCUUUGAGAAGGAUCCGAUUAAAUAUUCACAGUACCAACAGGCUGUCUAUAAAUGCCUUCUCGAUCGAGUCCCAGAGGAAGAGAAAGACACAAAUGUUCAAGUGUUGAUGGUGUUGGGGGCAGGCAGGGGUCCCCUAGUCAACGCAUCUCUGCGUGCUGCCAAACAAGCAGACCGCAAGCUGAAGGUUUACGCUGUUGAAAAAAAUCCUAAUGCCAUCGUCACGCUGGAAAACUGGCGCUUUGAAGAGUGGGGAGAUCAAGUAACAGUUGUGUCUUCUGACAUGCGAAAUUGGACCUCGCCUGAGAAGGCUGACAUCAUUGUCAGCGAACUGCUUGGAUCGUUUGGUGAUAAUGAACUUUCACCUGAGUGCUUGGAUGGAGCGCAGCACUUUCUCAAAGAUGAUGGCGUGAGCAUUCCUUGCUCCUACACCUCCUUCUUGGCACCGCUGUCCUCUUCAAAGCUGUAUAACGAAGUCCGAGGCUGCCAGGAACGCGACAAAGAUCCUGAGUGCCAUUUCGAAAUGCCAUAUGUAGUGCGCCUCCACAACUUCCACCAGCUGGCUGACCCAAAGCCUUGCUUCACUUUCGUACACCCGACAAAAGAUAUGAACAAUAAUCGUUACCAGUGCCUCAAAUUUGCUGUGGGUUGUAAUUCUGUACUCCAUGGCUUUGCUGGGUAUUUUGAAACCACACUCUACAAAGAUGUUACGCUCAGUAUAAAGCCUGAUACACAUUCACCUGGAAUGUUUUCUUGGUUCCCAAUUCUCUUCCCCCUCAAACACCCCAUCUCCAUAUCUCGUGAUGAUGACAUCACAGUGCGAUUCUGGCGCUGCAACAAUGGGAAGAAAGUGUGGUACGAGUGGGCUGUGACCGAACCAGCAUGCUCUGCUAUUCACAACCCCGCUGGACGCUCUUACACAAUCGGCUUGUAA